AUCAUGAAUAAUACCAACGCCACUACAUUGCUACAACUACUAGUUCUAGUUCAAGGCACUCCUUCAUUUUCACAUACUUAAUUCUUCAACUUACAUAAAUUUUAUUUUCUUGUAACAAAAAAAAGAAAAAAAAAAUGGCUAGUAUAGCAUCAUCAGUAGCUGCUCGUCUUGGGUUUGCUCCUGUGUUGUCUAACAAAAACUUGUCAUCACCAAGGAGUACUAGGUUGGUUGUUCGGGCAGCUGAUGAGGCUGCUGCUGCUCCUGCACCCGCUCCCGCCACACCCGAAGGUGAGGCCAAGCCUAAAGCUGCUGCUAAGCCACCUCCAAUUGGACCUAAGAGGGGUUCUAAGGUGAGAAUCUUGAGGAAGGAAUCAUACUGGUACAAGGGUGUUGGCAACGUGGUUGCUGUCGACCAGGACCCAAAAACAAGAUACCCAGUUGUGGUGAGAUUCAACAAGGUGAACUACGCGAAUGUAUCAACCAACAACUAUGCACUGGAUGAGAUUCAAGAAGUUGAAGUUGCAUAAGCAAACUAUAUUAAUAUAUGUGCUUUUGCUAUAAGUUUGUGAAAUUUCCAAACAUUUAGAUGAAUUAGGAGCUAUUCUACUGUCUAUCCAAUGUAAAUCUACUACUUUUGAAUAUCAAUUUCUUGCCCAUGAAAACUGCUCAUAUAUGCUCCUCAUCAUCCACAAUAUUAACCAUAUUCUUUUCAUAUU